AUGGUCAAAGCCGGAGACUCCAUCCCCAACGUCGAGCUCGUCGAGGGAGCUCCCGACAAGAAGGUCAACCUCGCGAAGGAGCUUGCCACCGGCAAAGGUGUCAUAGUGGGCGUUCCUGCAGCUUUCAGCCCAACAUGCAGCGCGAGUCACGUUCCAGGCUACAUCGCCAACAAGAAUCUUGCCAAUGCCGGCAAGGUCUUUGUCGUCUCCGUCAACGACCCAUUCGUCAUGAAAGCCUGGGGCGAAUCAUUGGAUCCAGGCGCAAAGUCCGGCAUCCGCUUCCUGGGCGACCCCCACUCGGAGCUAACCAAAGCCUGGGACUUGGAAUUCGACUCGGCCGCCAUUUUCGGUCAAAACAGAGGCAAACGCUGCGCCAUCGUCACCGAAGACGGCAAGGUCACGGCUGUGCACUUGGAACCGGACAAUGUGGGCGUCAGCGUGUCUGCUGCUGAGAAGGUGCUGGCGUAA